AUGAAUAUUAUAUUCAAAGAUUUUAAAAAGGAAAAAAUCCCUGUUGAAUUGGAAAGUUCAAGUACCAUAUUAGACGCUAAAAAUAAAUUAGCGUCAAUUAAAUCAUGCGAUAUUGAUCAAAUUAAAUUGAUCUUUUCAGGUAAAGUUCUCAAAGAUGAUCAAACCGUUUCAUCAUGUGGAUUAAAGGAUAAUGAUCAAGUCAUAAUGAUGAUCUCAAAGAAAAAGGCAACUCCUUCAGCAACAAAAGUGACUGAACCACCACAACAAUCUGAAGAACAACCUGUCCAGGAGCCAUCUCAAGAGCAAGAGCCAUCCGGUACGACAGCCGAACCAGCUCCAAUAGCUCCAGCAGCUCCAGUAGCAGCAGAGCCUGAAUCGACUUCUACACCUGGUUUUGUAACUGGAUCUGAGCGUAAUGAAACCGUCGAAAGAAUCAUGGAAAUGGGUUACGAAAGAGAUCAAGUUGAAAGAGCUCUGAGAGCAGCUUUCAAUAAUCCUGAUAGAGCCGUCGAAUAUCUUCUAAUGGGUAUUCCAGAAAACUUACAACAGCCACCACCACCACAACAAGAAUCACAAUCAGCAGAAACACAACAACAACAACAACAACAACAAGAAUCCGAACGUCAAAAUCAACCUGAAGCAGAGUCUACAAAUGAACAAUAUGAAGGCGAAGAUUUAUUCGCACAAGCAGCACAAGGUACCAGAGACACCACUGGCUCUGGAGCAGACUCAAAUGCAUCAGCACCAGGCUCAAUUGGCCUCACCAUGGAAGAUCUUCUCGCUUUAAGGCAAGUCGUCUCCGGCAACCCAGAAGCCUUAGCACCUUUAUUAGAAAGUUUAAGCACUAGAUAUCCCCAAUUACGUGAACAAAUCAUGGCAAACCCAGAAGUUUUCAUUUCAAUGUUACUAGAUGCUGUGGGAGAUAAUUUAAACGCUAUGGAAAAUAUCACUGAACCAGUAGAAAAUGCCGAGCCAACAGAGGCCCCAAGUUUGGAUUUAACUGAAGAUGAUGAACAGGCUAUUUCUCGUCUUUGCGAACUAGGAUUUGAACGUACUUUAGUCAUCCAAGUUUACUUUGCAUGCGAUAAAAAUGAAGAGAUUGCAGCUAAUAUGCUUUUCAAUGAUUAUGCUGAUAAUUAA